AUGGUCCAUUAUGUUAAUUCGCAUACUGGAUUUAGUCAGAAUAUGAAGAGAUUAGUUAAGCAAUUGACAAAAACUUUGAUAAUUUUGGUAAUUAUUCCAUUUCUUAACCAAUUUUUAUCUUUUUCUUCAAUGUUCUUUACAUUCGACAAGAGAACAAAUGAUUCCCCCGAGGAUAAUAAUCUAAAUUUAAUUUUACUAUUUCUUAGCAGUUUCAAUCAUUUUACACCUUUAUUUAACCCAAUUGUUUGUAUAUUAACUAAUAAGCCCUACAAAGACGCUGUUUAUAGUCGGUUGAGGAUACAUCCACAAUAA